UCCCACUCUCUCCCUCCAGCUGUUUGAGCUGCUGGGCCCGGAGGGGCUGGAGAUGAUCUCCACCCUCCUCCUGCGGAGGGCCGCCAUUGUUGACUCCCUCCUCACCAUCCCACCUGACAGGACUGGCUACCCACCAGACGUGAGCCGAAAGGUCAGCGGAGAAGUGACCAAGCCCAUCUAUGGAUGUCAGGUGACCAUACAGUCAGAGCAGGAGAAACAGAUGAUGAAGAUGUACCGCAGAGAGGAGAAGAGGGAGAGGAAGAGAGGCAAAGGAACAGAUGACAGCGACUCCUCAGAUGCUGCCAUGACCUUCGACCCCAGAGAGAUGAGGGCCCAGCGGGAGCAGGCCCUGCUGACUGCACGACGUGAACCUAUACUGAGCAGAGAAAGAGUUUAUGAACGUAUUCGAUAUCCCAAUGUCUACGACAGCUAUGCAGAGGCCGCGAAGACGCCUGCGUUUGUUGGAGGAGCUAAGAUGCUUCUACCCGAAGGAAUCCGCAGGGAGAACAGUAAGAUGUAUGAAGAGGUGGAGAUCCCACCCAACGACCCCAUGCCUAUCGGGUUUGAAGAGAAGCCUAUCUACAUCUCUGAACUAGAUGAGAUCGGGCAGCUGGUGUUCAAGGGGAUGAAGCGUCUGAACAGGAUCCAGUCCAUAGUGUUUGAGACGGCCUACAACACCAACGAAAACCUUCUCAUCUGCGCGCCAACUGGUGCCGGCAAGACCAACAUCGCUAUGCUGACCGUCCUUCACGAGAUCCGCCAGCAUCUGCAGCCCGGUGGCGUCAUCAAGAAGGAUGAAUUUAAGAUAGUAUAUGUGGCUCCUAUGAAGGCCUUGGCAGCUGAGAUGACUAAUUACUUCAGUAAGCGAUUGGAGCCACUGGGCAUCACCGUUAAAGAACUCACUGGAGACAUGCAGCUAACCAAAGGAGAGAUCCUGCGAACACAGAUGUUGGUGACGACUCCAGAGAAGUGGGACGUCGUGACCAGGAAGAGUGUCGGGGAUGUGGCUCUCUCCCAGAUCGUGCGUCUCCUAAUCUUAGAUGAAGUUCACCUUCUCCAUGAAGACCGAGGACCAGUACUGGAGAGCCUGGUGGCCAGGACCAUCAGACAGGUGGAGUCCACACAGAGUAUGAUCAGGAUCCUGGGACUAUCAGCCACCCUGCCCAACUAUCUGGAUGUGGCCGCCUUCCUACACGUCAACCCCUAUAUUGGCCUCUUUUUCUUUGACAGCCGCUUCAGACCGGUGCCCCUUGGACAGACCUUUGUCGGCAUCAAAACCACCAGCAAGAUCCAGCAGCUUCAUGACAUGGAGGAAGUUUGUUACAACAAAGUUGUGGAGCAGGUGAAAGCCGGUCAUCAGGUGAUGGUGUUUGUCCACGCUCGUAAUGCCACCGUGAGGACGGCCAUGGGGCUGAUCGAGAUGGCGAAGAACCACGGAGAAACGAGCUUCUUUCAACCAGCCCAGGGUCCAGACUAUGGCCAGUGUGAGAAACAGAUCCAGCGCUCCAGAAACAAGCAGAUGAAGGAGAUGUUCCCAGAAGGCUUUGGGAUCCACCAUGCUGGCAUGCUGAGGUCUGACCGUAGCAUGAUGGAGAGCAUGUUCUCCAAAGGCCACCUUAAGGUGCUUGUCUGUACUGCCACCCUGGCCUGGGGAGUGAACCUGCCAGCUCAUGCAGUUAUCAUCAAGGGUACUCAGAUCUACGAUGCCAAGCGCGGUACCCUGGUGGAUCUGGGCAUCCUGGACGUCAUGCAGAUUUUCGGGCGCGCAGGUCGUCCCCAGUUUGACAAGUACGGUGAAGGCACCAUCAUCACCACCCAUGACAAACUGAGCCACUACCUGACUCUGCUCACCCAGCAGAACCCCAUCGAGAGUCAGUUCCUGAACAACCUGGCCGACAACCUCAACGCUGAGGUUGCUCUGGGGACUGUCACCAAUGUGGAGGAGGCAGUGAAGUGGCUCAGUUAUACUUACCUCUAUGUUCGCAUGAGGGCCAACCCACUGGCAUACGGCAUCAACCACAAGGCCUAUCAGAUGGAUCCCUCCUUGGAGCUGUACAGGAAGGAGCUGGUGGUGGAGUCGGGCAGAAAGCUGGAUAAGGCCAGGAUGAUCCGCUUUGAGGAGCGCACCGGCUACUUUGCCUCCACUGACCUGGGCAGGACCGCCAGCCACUUCUACAUCAGAUACAACACCAUAGAGACUUUCAAUGAAAACUUCAACUCUCAGCGAACAGAAGCCGACAUCCUCAGUAUUUUGUCCAAGGCGGAAGAGUUUGAACAGCUUAAGGUUCGUGAUGAGGAGAUGGAGGAGCUGGAACAGUUGCUGUGUAACUACUGUGAGCUGCCGGCCGCGGGCGGCGUGGAGAACGGCUACGGCAAGAUCAACAUACUGCUUCAGACGUACAUCAGCCGUGGAGAGGUGGACAGCUUCUCCCUCAUCUCAGACCUGUCGUAUGUGGCACAGAAUGCUGCUCGGAUCAUCAGGGCUUUGUUUGAGAUUGCUCUGAGGAAGCGGUGGCCGGCCAUGACCUACCGACUGCUCACCCUCUGCAAGGUGAUUGACAAGCGGUUGUGGGGCUUUGCCCACCCUCUCCGCCAGUUCCCCAGCCUGAGCCACGUUGUACUGAACCGCUUGGAGGAGAAGAAGCUCACUGUGGACAAACUGAAGGAAAUGAGGAAGGAUGAGAUCGGUCACAUGCUGCACCAUGUCAACAUCGGGUUAACAGUCAAACAGUGCGUCCACCAGAUCCCCUCCAUCACAAUGGAGGCCAGCAUCCAGCCAAUCACGCGCACCGUCCUACGUGUUCGUCUCAUCAUCACGCCUGACUUUCGCUGGAACGACCAGGUCCACGGGUCAGUGGGGGAGCCAUGGUGGUUAUGGGUGGAGGAUCCAAUCAAUGAUCACAUCUACCACUCGGAGUACUUGCUCCUGCAGAAGAAACAGGUGGUAACAGGAGAGCCUCAGAACAUAGUGUUCACCAUCCCCAUCUUUGAGCCGUUGCCUUCCCAGUACUACAUCAAGGCAGUGUCGGACCGCUGGCUUGGGGCCGAGGCCGUCUGCAUCAUUAACUUCCAGAACCUCAUCUUACCUGAGAGACACCCCCCACACACAGAGCUGCUGGACCUGCAGCCGCUGCCGGUGACAGCUCUGGGUAACAGGGAGUACGAGAGCCUGUACAAGUUCACCCACUUCAACCCCAUCCAGACUCAGAUCUUUCACACGCUGUAUCACACCGACACUAACGUCCUGCUGGGGGCGCCAACAGGCUCUGGAAAAACCAUUGCAGCGGAGAUGGCCAUGUUCCGGGUCUUUAACAAGUAUCCGACCAAUAAGGUGGUGUAUAUCGCUCCCCUGAAAGCCCUGGUCAGAGAGAGGGUUGAGGACUGGAAGGUCAGAAUUGAGGAGAAGCUGGGAAAGAAAGUGGUGGAACUGACGGGCGACGUGACUCCAGACAUGAGAGCUAUAGCGCAGGCUGACCUCAUCGUCACCACACCAGAGAAGUGGGAUGGAGUGAGCAGAAGCUGGCAGAACCGAAGCUACGUUCAGAAAGUAGCCAUUCUCAUCAUAGAUGAGAUCCACCUGCUGGGUGAGGACAGGGGUCCAGUGUUGGAAGUCAUUGUGUCCAGGACCAACUUCAUCUCCUCCCACACUUCCAAGAGUGUCCGUGUAGUCGGUCUGUCCACGGCCCUGGCCAACGCUCGAGACCUUGCUGACUGGCUGGGGAUCGGACAGGUGGGUUUGUUUAACUUCCGUCCGUCUGUUCGCCCUGUACCGCUGGAAGUUCACAUCCAUGGUUUCCCAGGACAACACUACUGCCCCCGCAUGGCCAGCAUGAACAAGCCUACCUUCCAAGCGAUACGCAGCCACUCCCCAGCCAAGCCAGUUCUGAUUUUUGUGUCAUCACGACGGCAAACCCGGCUGACCGCCCUGGACCUCAUCGCCUACCUGGCCACAGAGGACAACCCCAAACAGUGGCUGCACCAGGACGAGAGAGAGAUAGAGGAUAUCAUCGGCACAGUACGGGAUUCCAACCUGAAGCUAACACUGGCCUUUGGGAUUGGCAUGCAUCACGCAGGCUUGCAUGAGAGAGACAGAAAGACUGUGGAGGAGCUGUUUGUCAACUGUAAGAUCCAGGUUUUGAUUGCCACCAGUACUCUGGCCUGGGGGGUGAACUUCCCCGCUCACCUGGUGGUCGUCAAGGGAACUGAAUACUACGAUGGCAAAUCCAGGCGCUAUGUGGACUACCCCAUCACAGAUGUUCUGCAGAUGAUGGGGCGAGCAGGUCGGCCUCAGUUUGAUGACCAGGGCAAAGCGGUCAUCCUUGUCCACGACAUCAAGAAGGACUUCUACAAGAAGUUCCUCUACGAGCCUUUCCCCGUUGAGUCCAGCCUCCUCAGUGUGUUGUCAGACCAUCUGAACGCUGAGAUUGCUGCAGGAACCAUCUCAUCUAAACAGGAUGCGAUGGACUACAUCACCUGGACGUACUUCUUCAGACGGCUGGUGAUGAACCCCAGUUAUUACAGCCUAGAAGACAUCAGCCACGAGUCCAUUAACAAAUACCUGUCCAACCUGGUGGAGAGAAGCCUGCGAGACUUGGAGUGCUCUUACUGCAUAGAAAUAAAAGAGGAUGACCGGACUAUUGAGCCACUGACUUAUGGUCGCAUCGCUUCCUAUUACUACCUGAAGCAUCCGACUGUUCGCAUGUUUAAAGAACGGCUGAGGGCUGAGCUGCCCGUCCAAGAGCUGCUCUCCGUUCUGACAGAUGCAGAGGAGUACGCGGAGCUGCCAGUCAGACACAACGAGGACCAGCUGAACAGCCAGCUCGCUCAGCAGCUCCCGCUGCAGGUCAAUCCCCACUCCUAUGACAGCGCCCACACCAAGGCCCACCUGCUGCUGCAGGCCCACUUCAGCCACGCCCAGCUGCCGUGCAGCGACUACACCACCGAUACCAAGACGGUGCUGGACAACGCUAUCCGAAUCUGCCAGGCAAUGCUAGACUUCGCUGCCAAUGAAGGUUGGCUAGUUACAGCCAUCAGUAUAUGCAACCUGGUGCAGAUGAUCGUCCAGGGCCGCUGGCUGCACGACUCCUCAUUACUGACGCUGCCACAUGUAGAACAUCAAGACCUCCAUCUGUUCAGGAAAUGGACAAACAGGAAGGGAAGAAGCAGUGUGGGAGGUUUCAACGGGCCAAUCGAAGGACUUCCUGAGCUGAUUGCUGCUUGCAAUGGAAAGGAAAGUGUUUUCGCUGCUAUCGUCAGCCAGGAGUUUCAAUCAAGUCACAUUGCCCAGGCAUGGUCCUUCCUGAGUCAUCUCCCCGUGCUGGAGGUUGAGAUGAGUGUGAAGGGCUGGUGGGAGGACAGCCAGGAGCAGACGGAGCGUCCCCUGCCUGUAGCAGGACCUAACCUGAGGGAGGAGAGCAGCUGGCUGGAUGUCCACGCUGACCAGGAGUACGUCCUGCAGGUGUCACUGAGACGCAUCAACCUGGGCCAGCAGAGGAGGAAGCAGGACAGUAAGGCCCAGGCUCCCAGGUUUUCCAAGGUGAAGGAUGAAGGCUGGUUCCUAGUCCUGGGAGAGGUGGAUCACAGGGAGCUGCUGGCUGUCAAACGGACCGGAUACGUGCGCAACCACACAGCUGUGUCUGUGGCCUUCUACACACCGGAGAAGACUGGAAAGUGUAUCUACACGCUGUACCUGAUGAGCGACAGCUACCUGGGUCUGGACCAGCAGUACGAGAUCCACCUGAAUGUAAAGCCUGCCAGCAUCGCUGCUCAGGUCAACACAGAAGUGUCACUUAGUGACUGACCUGUCCCUCAGCUCGGGAACAGAGGAAGCCACCAUCAGCGGCAGUAACACAGUUCCAAGGAUGCCUGCAGUGAUCAACAGAUGAGUGGGACGAAUCUGAAACACAGGGACUGUGUCCGAGGAGGUCUUCCUCACGCUGUUAGGUGUCGCUGAUCUCUGAUGAUCAGUGCAUUCCCGUCAUCAUUUUGCAAUGACGAGUUUACUAUUUUGCUGCACCCACUUUGCAUCAGCUGAUCUGCUUCAGUUACAUAGAAGAUAACAUAUGUAAUGUGACUGCAGUGCAUUCUGGUCUGUUGAACCUGCUGUUAGAGAAAAAGGUACAUUAGGUCUAGAAGUAUCUCCUGUGAUUCUUUCAAACUAAAAUAAAUAUGACCUUCAUUUAGUUA